AUGUCCUUUGCAGGUUCCACGAACAAAUCUUCUUGUCCAAACUCUAUAAUAAAAAUGUGGGUUCUUCUUGAGGGGAAACCAAAGGCUAUAAAAUUGAAAGCUGAUUUAUCUGAAGCCAAAGACUUGGAAGAUUUCAUACCUAUUCUCAAGAGAGAGUUUGAAGAGUUGAAAAACAUUAAAAAUCAAAAUAUCGUAUUCUUAGAUAACAACAACAACACACUUAUUCCACCAGACACUUGUAAAUGUAAUAUACCACAUACCGGUGGUUCCUUAAAAGAGAUUCGGAAUGAGUAUAGCUUUAACACUCUAGCAUCUCAGACUGAACUAAAUGGUAACAACUAUAAUCUUAAGCUAAAAGUCAAAGUCGAGGGUAAAAAAUCUUAUAGAGAUUGGGAACUAAAGGAUGUGUUUAAGGAAAUAUUACGAUGGGAUUAUAAAUCUCUUGGUGGUAUCCCAAGAUUCAACUUGAACGACCUACUCUCAUUAGAGCACCCAUUUACUGAGAACGAAUUAAAAAACCACAUAAACAAAUCAGCACAAUUGAGCAUGAAAAUAGAAUUGGAAGGAAGUCGUGAGUAUGGCCCUGUAGACUACAUGGUAGUUACUGUUAAAAUUUUGGUGCUGUUAUGUGAAGCAAAAGCGGAAAAUAUGAACAAGGGAACAGCCCAGGUUCUUGUGCAAAUGCACAGUGCAAUAGAACAACAAUUGGAUAAACACAAGCAUGGCCAAAUGGAACAAGCGAUGUUUGGAAUAGUUACAACUGGAAAAUUAUGGCGAUUUGUCCGUUGGACCGGAUCAUUAGAAGAACCGACAGUUCAUAUUUCUGAAGAGUACACUUGCAAUUUUAAGGGUAACAUGGAACCUGAGAAGGAAAUGUCAAGAUAUAUUGUUCAGAGAUUACAAGCCCAAGCUAUGGCAUUUGGUGUUGAUGAUAAGGACAGUGGCCAUCCUUCAAAACGUCAAUGUUAUCUGCCAUCUGGUAUGGAACAAGCACUACAGAGUGUUUGGCGAUUGGAAAUGUUUGAAUUGUCGAAAAAAAUGGAAUUGUCGGAUACUGAUGGACCUCACAAGAGCCGGUUAUGUGCAAAGUGUCAACACGGAGAAUACUGUACUCAGACCAUCCUUCAAAGAAGUUUUGAAGUAGAUACAAUUUCAGUACGUGUUUCUGUUGAAGAGAUUAUCCCAGCGCUCAGAAACAAACAAGUUAACACCGUUCGGUUAGUAGUGCAUUCACAAGGCUGUGUUAUAGCAAAUUUGGUUUUGAGAAGACUAUAUCUGGAAUUAAGCUACACGGGUGAACAAAAUUUUCUCAAUAAACUAGAGGUUUACACAUUUGGAAGUGCAUCUAGAGAAUUCACAAACCCAGGAAACUUGAUUAAACGCAUCGAACACUAUGCAAAUGACCAAGAUCCUAUUGCAAUGUUAGGUGUUCUUAGUGAAAUCAAUAACCCACGUUAUAACGGCGAGGUUUUUGUCAAUUAUACAAAGAACAAUGGUAAAGGACAUUCGUUCAUCAAGUUUUACAGUCUAAAUGAAUAUGAUUAUAGAACCCUAAGAAGUGACAAGGAUGGUAUUCCUACAUUUUUGCAACUUAAUGGACAUAUAAAUCCUAAUCUGCAAAUUAUCGAAAAAUAA